CCCGUAAACCCCAAGCCAUUCCUGAACGAGCUGACCGGCAAACCCAUCAUGGUCAGGUUGAAGUGGGGCCAGGAGUACAAGGGCUUCUUGGUGUCUGUGGAUUCGUACAUGAACAUGCAGCUGGCGAACACGGAGGAGUACAUAGAUGGGGCGUCUACUGGGGCUCUUGGGGAGGUUCUGAUUCGGUGUAACAACAUUCUCUACGUAAGUGUCCUCAGUUCAGAC